UCGAUAGAACAUGUGCGUUUUUGUCCUGAACCUCGUCGGCGGCAGGUUUUGAGCACAGCUAUUAUCCUAUCUCCCUUUUUCUCGCUUCGGGGCCUUUCUUGCGGUGGUUGCCGAUCCCACAGUGUGGAGUGCAGCGCGUAGAGUGCAGUGUGGUGCCGUUCGUCGGUGCUGUGUUCGAUCGCGGAACGGUUUGAAGGGUAUCCGAGUGCCGUCGCUGUGUCAACUGUGAUCUUUAGUGAUCCGCGAUCCGCGAGAGGAGAGAAGGAAAAAAAACAAAUCGAAACGCAGUGUGUUAAUAUGAAGCGAGGAAAUCCGGUGUAGGCCAAAGAUCGUGUGUAACGGAACCAUGUGGAAGCAGUGACGUUCGAUGGAUUAUGGUGAAUAGCGAUCACUGAUUGUGGGAGUGAAAACGGAAGACGAAAACAGGCGGUGAAGCCAGUGAGUGAAGCGGAAAAUUGUCCAGUGAUUUUCUUGUGCAAUUGUCAGUGAAAACUUUACCGAAAACGAUUUUGCAAGAGGGGUGGUGAGAUUGUGAGGAAACAGUCCAACGCAAAAAAAAACAGACGCAUCUCCGAGUGGGAGCCGGAGGGAACCAUUUCCGUUGGCAAGUGUCCGUGAAAACAGUCAAAAUCGUGCUCCAGUGGCAUAUCCCGGGCGAAAGCCCAUUCGAGCUAACCAAAAUUAAUAGCCUAUCGGAUAUCACCGGCGCAGGUGGUGGGAUGACGGUACCGGUGCAGCGCAACUCGAUGGCCGUGUUACAGCCUCCCCGGUCACGGUUUAUGAUCACCGAUAUCCUGGGCGGAGGAGGCCAGAGCCAUCAGGGCCACCACCAUCAGGGUGGUGGCGGUGGCGGUGGCGAUCGAGGUGGGGCCGAUAGUGUGAACGGGAGCAGCAGUGAGGGCCGAACGCCAAGUCCGGGUCCGCGGGAUUUAAGCCUAAUGCAGGGACACCAUCUGCACCAGGGAGCCGGAGGAUUGACACCGGGAGCCCAGCAUCAUCUGGGUCUACACCAUCACCACCAUCACCACCAUGUGGUGGAUGAUCAGGACCAUGAGAACGAAAGCGAUAGCGAUGACAGUUGUCCCAUGGAUAACUCCAGUGUGUGCAGCAACGGUGGCAAGGACGAGGACGGUAACAGCAUAAAGAACGGCCUGGGACUCAGCGGAUCGGCGGGGCUUAGUAAAAAGCAGCGGAAAGCACGCACCGCCUUCACCGACCACCAGCUGCAAACCCUGGAGAAGAGCUUCGAGCGGCAAAAGUACCUGAGCGUCCAGGAUCGGAUGGAGCUGGCGAACAAGCUGGGCCUGAGUGACACCCAGGUCAAGACGUGGUACCAGAACCGAAGAACCAAAUGGAAACGUCAGACCGCGGUGGGGUUGGAGCUGCUGGCGGAGGCCGGAAAUUACGCCGCGUUCCAGCGACUGUACGGUGGACCACCCUACCUGGGUGGUUGGCCCUAUCCGACGCAGGCUGGGCCACCGGGUGCUCCCCAGAGUGCUGUGGACGCGUACUAUCGGCACGCGGCGGCCGCUGCCGCCCUCCAGAAGCCACUGCCGUACCGGAUAUAUCCGGGUGUGCCCGGGCUGGGAACGCUGAACACCAUCCCGGGCCCGAGCGCACCGUUCCCGCAUCUUUCGGCGUCCUCGUCGCUAUCCACGCUUAGCAGUUACUAUCAGGCUAGUAGUCAGCAGGUGGCAGCAGCGGCGGCUGCUGCGGCCUCCCAGAACGUCCAGAGUAGCGGAAUACCGGGAAGUCACGGUAGCCCCGUUGGGGUCAAUGGUGGAGGGGGUGGUGGUGGCAUCCACAAUGGAACUGGGAGUGGUAGCCACAACAACAACAACAGCAACAACAACCACAACCACAUCAGCAGCCACGGAAGCAACAGCAGUCUCAGUAGUCAACCGAGGCGAUCGCCCAGCCCGACGCUCAAUCCUGGCAGUCCACCGGGCCGAUCGGAAAGUAAUCCUCCCAGCGAUGACGAGGACGAUAAUAUUCAGGUUUGAGCCGACCCAAAGGCCGGCCGGGGCUUCGAAAGCUUCGAAACACCUGAACCCAUAUACGUAGUAGAGCGAAAGAUAAGAGAAUAGUGAUUAUUAUUUUUAAUAGCAUUUAUUUAAAGCAGAUAUUAUUUUUAACGAAAUCAUUAGUGAAAGAACGUGGACGGAACGGGAGUUGUCGGCGAAAAGUGAGCGAAAUUCAGCGUUUUGUCCGAUACCUUUUUUUUGUUGUUGUUGCAGCGCGGCUCAAACCUAACCUGUGUUUGUGCGAAGGGAGCGAAACAAAGCAUGACCACGGCGCCAGCGCGUGAACCUAUGAACCGGCGGCGUUGGCCGCGGGUACGGCAAGCGCGAGGAAUAAUUCUUCCGACCGACCGUUUAUAACUGUUUUGUUUUAUCCAAUUAAUUAGCGGCUUUUGUCGGGGCCGGGGAAAAAUUGACGCUUCGCUACCCGCGGUGCGCUGUGGUGUGUUUCGCCGGGCGGCGAAAUAUUUCCACCACAAGCCAAACACCACCGGUGGAAAGCGGACCCGCGCACAGUGCGUUGAAUGCACGGCAAUUUGGGACAAAAAUCAUAACAGCAAAAUUUAGUCAUUGUGACACUUUGGUGUGAUAGGAAAAAUGUCUCAUUUUUCCUUUUUUUAAAUUAAAUUAAUCAAGGAAAUAAUUGGAUUGCGUCUAUACACUAUUUUUAGUGUAUUUCACUUUAUAUUUUGUAUUUCUUCUUAUUGGAAAAAGAAGAUAAGUUAUAUGUUCAAAAGAUAGUGUGGACAGUAGGCACUGAUAUCUAGACAGUUAAUUAUUUUGCCUAUGCCGACUUUGCUCACUGAGAGUAUGAUUAAUUACUGUAAAGUACGGUCUCGAUUUUCGAUUAACCUUUCUCAAUUGCGCCCUUGUCCAUAUUUUAGCUUGAACUUCACCAGUGUAUUAAAAAAAUAUUUCUAAAUCCUAGUAGAUCACAAUGCAUUGAGUAGUUAGAUGACUUCCAAAAUGCUCGUGAAACAAUAUUAGCAGACACCUCAGUGGGGUCAUCUUCCUUUCAAGGCUUUCAUUUCAGGGUAAUUUCUUGGUUGUUUUCUAUUAUCUAAUUUUUUUAUGACACAUUACAAUUUAGCUGUGUCGCUCUUAAAUUACGUCAGUUUUGUCCAAUAUAUAAUUAAUAUUUGGAAACUUAAAACAAUAAAAAUAAUAUAACUAUUUGCUAUACACCUGAAAUAUCCAGUUGUUUUGGCAUCUAGAUAAGCUAACUCAUUCGUAGCGAUUCUUUUGACAUAGGACUUUGUCUUUGAUUUCUAUAUAGGGGGGUCACUCUACGAAAAAUGUAACGAUUUAUUAAGAGUUUUCAAACGCAUAUCACUCAAAAUGGUUAAUGCGACAUAUGUUGUGUUAUAUAUCAUUAGACAGGAAAUUUAUCCAGAUUUUUUUUUGCUUGAACCAUGAAUAGUGAAUAUAGUAAAAAAACAAAGUUAACAAUGACAACGUGGUAACGAAGGAGAUAACUCUGUUUUUAUCUAGAAUAUAUUUUUGUAGUCAUAGAUUGAUUUGACUCAGGCUUAUAUUAAUGUAGGUCUCACUAUUUAGACUUGUGUUUAAAAAUUAUACAUGAUGACUCUUUGUUUUCUUCUGCAUGAUUGAAUACACAGAAGAAAAGGGUAGUAAUGGGUUCAAUGGUAUUUUUGUGUACAUUUUUGAACAGAAUGUGGUGCCGAAUUCUACCACGUUAUGUCAUCUAACCCAUUUAAAGGAUACAAGUACAUACAGGAUACGGUUUUUCCAGGGCAUCCAUUUGAUGUAUCAAAAGAGAAAAAAUACACAUUUUGAACAAUGAAAAACUCAAUUUGAAUGUCAUUACUACACACAAUCACAGUCCUAUGUCAAGACCCCGUCCGUGCCCCUAGGCUCAGACCUAUCAACUUUCUUACAAUAUAAUCAUGAUAAGCAAAUCUCAGUUUGAUUUGUUCCAUUUCAGACAUGAAUUUCAAGCUAUAUCUUCUACACCAUAGGGGAACUCCAGAACACGAGAUAUCUUCACUUUCGAAUUGCGUGACAAGGUUGUCACAUUUGCAUAUUGAAUUUAAGUCGAACGAGUUUCAGAAUGCAACAUAACUUUCCUUUCGGGUAGUACCGGUUUUAUUGGGUUCUAGAAUGAGGGUGAUUGUAUGAUGCAUUGAUAAACCGUUGCGAGAAAAAUCCUGCCGAAAUCAUUCGUGAAAUGAAGUUCCUAAUACUUGUGUCGCCUUGAACAUUUUAGAGAGAAGUACUUCAAUUUUUUAGCAUUCGAAUGGGCUAAAUUUGAAGCUUUAGUAUAUGCGAACCAAUUUGAUUAUGUCCCAAGAAAAUGUUCAAUCAUUUGUCUGUGUUCCUAGACAACAUAUGAGCAAAGGCAAAUAUCAGUAACUGGCACCGAAAAGUUCGUACUUAAUAUAUUCCCAUAUUCGAGAGGCUUUGCUGUAUCACUGACUCGACUCAGAAGCUUAAUUUGGAUCAUAAUCGAAAAUGAAUGCUUAUCGGACUAUCGCAAUUUGAGCAGUAUCUCCGAACAGUAAUUCGUUUCCUUUCUCAUUGAAUGUUGAUAGCUUUCUUGAUCACUUACAGCAUCAAUAUUUGAACAUGGAGCGUGAUUCCCUAAUGCGUGGUCUGUUCGGUGAGAAUGAUUCGAAACAGUUUUGAUGAGCCACGCAUGAAUCAUCGCAUUAAGUCGCCUUGCAAGAACUGAAUAUGCUUAUUCUGGUAGCUCUCUAGAGUUUGGUGGGUAAGGCCCAUUUUUUUGCAUAGACAGGAAGAAGGAGCUUGAUUGAAUCUCAUUCCGACUUUGCGUAAUAUGUAUCCGAAAUUGCGACCUUGAGUUCAUCAAUCGUAGUAUACUGCUAUCCCUCAGCGAAGAUUCUGAGUAAUAGGAUCCCCUGAAGAUUAUCAACAGGAUUCAAGUCUGAAAAGAGCAAGCCGGCCUGUCCUAUAAGUUUUUAGUCCUUAAUCUACUGAUUAGUUUCCUUGUUGGUGUCAAUAGCGGCAUUGUCUUACUGGAAUGCGAUUUUUUUCCGACGAUAUCUACGCAAAAACGGUAGUAGAAAGGAUUCCUGAACAUAUAUGUAAUCCUUGCUGUUCAUUUUAAAGGAAGUGAAAGCUGUGAAAGGCUGUGAGCUUUGGCAAAACUCAGACGUCUUUCGAUGUGAGAUGGUGUAAGAUUAUGAGCUUUAACCUUUUUAGUCAUCUCUAUGUAAGGACUUGUUUCAGAACUUGGUGAAUUGUCUCCCGGGAAACAUUUAAAAUUAAAGAUGGCUUUACACUAGAAUACAAAUUGAAGUAUUGUUUGUUUACAAUGACGCAAAACAGCAAGAUCAUCGACUGCUCUUAUCGAAGUUGGACAGAGUGUAUUAGUUCGUUCCCGAAACCGUUUGCUUCGCGAUUUAUCAAAGAAUACAGAGAUAAUUCUUCGUCAUCCUUCUGGUGCUUGAAAGCGUACGAUUUUCACCUUAAGGAUAUUGAUGGGUCGGAGUUGAAAAGCAAUGAUCUCUACAGAUAUUCGUUUGAGUUUUCUCCGGAUGAUUUCCUCGUGUGAUUUCAACGGGGUUUUCUGAUGAUUUUACGCGCAUCUUCCAAGGACUCUUCAGAAACGUUUUCGAUGGGUAGAUUGAAUAUUGAAAUAAUGUUCGUACUGUGGAUCAAAAGCUUGUGUACGGUACGUGCAGUACCAGCUAUAAAGAACUAAGCAAAGUUGCCUUGUUCCCUACAACAUUGCUUGAUAUUUCGUAAUACCAAUGGCCGCUGUACAUGAUUCUCAAAACGGUAGAAAAUUUCAGAAUAAGAUUUACAACUAUUCCAGCGAUUGAAACACUUGUCGAAGGAUCGGAAAAAACUGCGCGCUGUGUUUCCGCCGUAUCUUCGGCUUGUCAACUAUUAAGCCCAUUUGAGCCCUGAAUUGACCUAGAAUACGUUUCUUGCAUUCCUCGUAACUUUUCUUGUUUGCUUCUCCUCGAACUUGCCACGUUUCGAAUGGUGAAUAUCAGAUAAAUUUCAUCUCAAAAUUUGAAAUGAAUAAGACAAAUCUGUAAGCUAUAUGCAGCAGACAUUCAAAAUUCGGGCUUCUCGUGGACGUUAGAGCUAGUCAUCGCCUUAGGAAUGGCCCCACAUAUAUAGUACUUAACGAUGCCUUCACUGAUGGCUUAGUCUACUGCAGAUUGUCCAUUCAAAAUGAGGUUUGCAUCAUCUUUUGCGAGCAUAAACUUGAUAGGUCUAGGUCUGUAGAAAACGAAGAAUCAAUCAAUCAAUCCUGUAUCAACAACAAAUAGUUUGAUGGACACCAUAGCAUUCAAGAACAGUCAAGAACAUCUGUUGCAUUUUCAUUUGAAAACUUUUGUUUGUAAGUAUUGUGUCCAGAACUGCCGUCCAUGCCGCUCAUUUACACAUCAAUUUCAUUCAUACAGAUGCUUGGAAAGCAAUCUUUAUGUAAAUUGUGCAUCAUCUCUCGAAGCGCAAUAUAUUUCCAGUUCGUCAGAUCCAAGUCUGCAAAAAGAAGCCAGUGCUUGAGCAGGCGUUAAGCACUUGUUGUUGUCUCCAUUUAGUGAAGUUGGAUUCUGAGAAAUUUUUGCAGCAAAAGCCAGGUCUUCUGGGGCGUUAUUAGAAACUAGUUCCACUUCUCGCUAUCUUUUUUGUUUUAUAUGAGCAAAUCUCAAAAUCCUUCUGGGUUUGUCGUGGGUUUAUCGUUAAUCUCUUCGGAACUGGCCAACAGAACUGGUGGCUUCACGUUUUAUGUUUCUUCAUGAAUAGUUUUUUACCUCGAUGACAUUCUUUCCUCUUAUUGUUGAGUUUAAAACAGUACGUGUGGCAAAAAUUUACUUUUUUUUUUAAACACGCUGCCAAACAAAUGCUCAGAUAGCGGAAUGCGCAUGAGGUUCUGUUAUCCCCACUACUUUCCACCCACUUCUCAAAAAUGUGAUGAUUAAGGAGCGAUUUGCGCUGACCAACAAAUAAUUGAAUAUCUUUUGGAACUGCAGAACACUGCACCUAAGUCAUAUAUGCCCUCAAUAGGACAAUAAUUCUAUGGAAGAUUGAAUUUCGAUGACAUUAUUUUCAUUUCUUUGAAAAUUCAACUUCCCCGUUUCCCAAGAGUAUUAUUAGGAGCAAGCCACUUUUCCCUUAAAAAGUAUUCUCUACUUACCUUGAUAAUUGCAUUCCAUUUCAGUUGGUUUGAUGACACACAAGAUUUUACUUUUGAAAACGAGUUGAAAUCCGUUUGAGAUUUUACAUAAACUUUCGUACGCAACAAUCUCACCAGAAGAUGACAGUUCAGCUGAUUUUAUUAGUUGUUGUGAUGCUUAAGGCUGAUUCAGACGAUGCCAGUCAGCGCUCUAGUUGAAGUAUCCAGUGAACAGAGAACAGACACUCUGUUCAAGUUACUUGUACCAGUAUCGAACAAGUAAUUGGCCUCGAACUUGAACAGAGUGUCUGUUCUCUAUUCACUGGAUUCUUCAACUAGAGCGCCGACUGGCAUCGUCUAAAUCAACCUUUAGUCUAGCUUACCAAAACAUGUUUACCUAGUUUUACAUAGUUUACAUAGUAUGAGUGUAUUGGACAUAAAAAAAAAUAAAUUCAAAAUUGUUUCUCGUCUACGCAUUCAACGCAUUGUACGGCUCACUAAACGCACACCAAAAAACUUUCGUGUGGAGCAACGCAUGGAUUGCCGCGAUCAGUUGCGACAGUUUCCUUGAGUAUUUCGUACAGCCCUGCGGGCUAUCGAUUCUACGAUUGAACAGAACAAAGCCGGAAAUGCACUGAAAAUUAUUCGAUGCUCCCGUUUCGUCUCGUCAAUAAUAGUGAGUGUGUAAAUAUAGAAGAGCAAAAAAAAAAACGCGCAGCAAAGAAAAAAAAACAGAAAACCUAUAAUAAAUUUAUUCCCAACCCAAAUAAAAGAGAACCCGAAGUGCGCGGUGAAGGUGAAGAGCCGAUUUUGAACAAUUGCGUGAAUGAGCGAGCGAAGGAAUGAUGAUCGCGGUUAGUUUUGUUUCUGUUGGAUAAUGGCAAUAAAUUAGACAGCGAACAAAUAUAGUGUCUGGAGGCUUGAGCGAGAGCGCGAAUAAACGCACCGCCCCCCUCCUGUGAGAGACGCGUCGAACGAGAAGCGAAUUUAUUGACUAUAAUCUUAAUUUAUGGUAAUAGUGAUUGAGAAUAAUUAUUUCAUUAUUUUAUAAGUGUAAAAUGUAAAAUGUUGUAAACUUUUUCCCCUUCCCCCCAUCUCCCAGUCCCAGUUCCAGUGUUUUCCUCUCCCCCCUCGGCGUAGAGGAGAAAAAAACGAAACGAAAGAUUAGAAAAGGUGACGAAAAGCAACCGCAUAUCUCGUUUUUCACCUCUUUAAAGGUAAUGUUGUUUUUGGCUGUCCCACGCUCAAAUUGUUUAUAGUUUUUCGCAUCGACUGAACCCAACAGAAAUUGCUCAACCGAAAUCCGAGAACGAGAAGGGGAAGAAAACAAAACAGAAAAAAAUACACACAACACUCACAACCAAUUAAACAAUAAGAUGAUGAUACAGCUACUAAGGAACAGAUUUGCCAAAUUUUUAGUUUGAAACGAAGAAUAACAAAACUGGGAAAAAAAACAAAAGAACCAAGUGAAGCGAAGCAGUAUUACAGGCGUAAGGCGCGCGAACGUUUUUAAAACACGAAUCCUUCAUCCUAUGUUUUAAGCGACUCAUUACAACCACACAAAAGAAGACACAGAAAGAAUGUAAGUCAAUCAACCGACAAGUGAUAGGCGAAAUGUGAGAGAGAGAAAACAUAAACGAAGGAGCGGCUACGCGCCACUUUAUUUUUCAACAACAACAACAACAAUAAACAACUUGGGUUGACGGUAGGCUAACGCUGAAUAUGAUAUUAUUGUUUUUCCUCGUUUCUGUAACAAGAGAGCGAUACCGCUUGACAGAUAGUUAGUUAUUGGAAAUUGUACAUACCGAUAUAAAUAUAUUCCGUGUAUUUGUAAGUGGAAAACUCUACACACUCGAAUAGCAGAAGCAGUUCCAGUUCCGAGCGCGCCCGCGCUCUGUAAUUGUGAUCUAAGCUAACCCAAUUGAUCAGGUACCCUCCCCCCCCACCCUAGGGGGCAUUCGUCUGGAUACACUGUGUAAAGUUCACAUACCUAACUGGAAAAAUAUUACGAGAAAUAAACAUAAAAAUUUUAAUGAAAAAAA